AUGUCCUUGCUGGGAAAAGCUGCCGCUGCCCCCUCCUGCCUCUCCCCCCAGUGCUUCGACCUCCUGACCAAGUCCUGCGUCAAGUGCUCCGACUUGUUCAAGGACAACACAACAGAGCCCGCUCGCACGGCACCCACCUCCGCCCUGGCGCCCACCCUCUCCUCGGUGGAUCUGCCCAGCACCCUCCUGAUCUUCGGGGUCCCGGCAGUGGUGGGGCUCAUCCUGAUUCUGGCAGCCCUCUGGGGCUUCCUGGCCUGCAAGGUGGGGAAGCGGAGGAGGAAGAGGAAGGCAGCAGACGAGGAGGCUGAAGCAAACAUGGACGCCACCAGCCCUCUGCACAGCGCGGGCUGCCAGGACCCUGCCGUGCCGGAGGGAGAUGCCGCCGUGGCCCCAGCCCCAUGCCCGCAUCUCAACGGAGGCCUGAAGAUGCCAGGGCUGCUCGAGAAAGCCGGAGCAAAGCGGAGGCCAUGCUGCCGGGGCGAUGCCGACGGCGACAUCGUCCUGCUCUCCACCAUGUACCCCCGACACGAAAAGUGCAACCAUGGCUUCCCGCUGCCUGCCACCGAGCUGGGAGCCACAGCCCUCGUCACUACCAAAACCACACAGAACUGCGCCGGCGAGGAGAGAGCCUGA